AGUGGCACCUAAACAUGGUGCCUGCACUUAUGUUAAAACCAAAGCCAGAUGUGCCCAAGCUGCCUUUCAGGCGUUUCAUUUUUAUCGACGUCAGUUUUCCCCAAUUCCCAAGCUGUCCCCAAUUGCACCAAGGGCCCUUUAAAUCUGAAUUAGAUCUGGUGCUGUUGCUUCCACAUCUCCAUUUGUAAAGAGGGAGCCAUUGUCUGAUGGAGGAAAUGGCUUCUUGGUGUUUGCAGCAGAUAAGUCCCCUUUGACUAUUUGAGUAUGUUUUAUAAAGCUCUGACUAUACAUUUGCUUUCAUUUUCUUAAAUUUUUGUUUUGAAUUUAUUAAUUUGAAAUGGGAUACGCAAUGUUUAGGCUCUCAUUCGGAUCUGCUUUCAUGCAUUUGGGUGUGGUUUGUUCAAAUAAAUCCUAGAUAUUUGUGGAUUUUGUCUGUCUAAGUAUCUAAUUCUAGUUAUUGGUAUUGAGGGAAUGACAUUAGUUAUGGGACUGUUUAGCCUUGUGCCAAAGUGAGAUUGAUUUAACUGUUUGUGUCUGCCGAACUCUUCAUUUAUGCUCCGAUGGUAUUGAUAAAGUAUAUGAGCAACUGAAUUAUAUUGACAUAUUUUCAAGGAUUUGAUCCAAAUAGUUUAUCGCAUAUUUGCAUGACAAAAAAUGGAAGGUCAACCAUCACCAGGUGGUAAGAUGCUGCAGGGACGGGACUAUGAUUGUCAAGACCUGCAAGGAUCAAUGAAGCCUUCUCAUGAACAAAAGCCAUGCAUGUUUGAACUUCCUCCUGCUUCUGGUUUAGUUGAGAAUGAGGGACACGAAAACAUGGUUAUUGAGGAUGAUGUGACAAAUUAUGCUGAACAAGGCACACUUGAGCACAAUGAAGUUGGUAAGAGUGAGGAUGGUUCCCCCUGGCAGCGCAUGAAAUGGACUGGAAAAAUGGUGAAGCUUUUGAUCACUAUUCUUUCUUACAUUGGGGAGGAUCCUUCCACUGAUUGUGUGGGCAGUCAGAGGAAAAUGUCUUCUCUUUUGAGGAAACUAGGAAAGUGGAAGUGUGUUUCAAAGGUUAUGGUUGAGAGGGGUUACCAUGUAUCUCCUCAACAAUGUGAGGAUAAGUUUAAUAAUUUGAACAAAACAUAUAGGAGACUGAAUGAUUUACUGGGGAGAGGCACUUCUUGCAAGGUUGUUGAGAACCCAAAGCUUUUGGACAUAAUUGAUUUAUCUGAGAAGGGGAAAGAAGAUGUAAGAAAAAUUUUGACUUCAAAACAUUUGUUUUUUGAAGAGAUGUGCUCCUAUCACAAUGGCAACCGAUUGUAUCUACCUCAUGAUCCAGAUUUGUUGCAGUGUUUGCUGUUAAUUCUGAAGAACGAAAAUGAUAAUGAGCUUUAUGACUUGAGCCAGCCUGGCCUUUAUGGUAUUGAUAAAAAAGCUGGAGUUCUUGCUGAAGGUGAUGCAGCUGAGGAUAGUGGGGCAACUUCUGGGUUUCCAGCGUUCUCAGCAAGGUUAAGACUGACUAAUGAAAAUGAAAUUGCUGGUUUUGGGAAUACUUCAAAGUCAUUGGAUUCUAACCAAACUUUAGAUGAUCAAGGUGAUUUAGCUGAGUACAAUGGGACAAAUUCUGGGUUUUCUGCGGUCUCUGCAAUGUGGUUGAAGCAAACAAAUGAAAACCAAGCUGCAGGCCUUGGGAAUCCUUUGAAACCGUGGGAUUGCAACCAAAAUUCAGAUGCUCAACCGCUUUAUAAUUUCGCUCAUCAGAAUCUUAGUUGCCCUGAAGGCAAUGAGGCAGAUAGAUCACAGAAUCAACAGAUGGCAUAUCGCAUGUAUCAACUAGAGAUGCAAAAAUUACAGCUAAAAUCCAAGAUGCUUAAGUUAGAGAAGCAGCGGUUCAAGUGGCAGUGUAACAGCCUGAAACAGGACAUGGAGGUGGACAGGAUGAGAAUGGAAAACAAGUGUCUGAAACUUGGGAAUGAGUGCAUAGCAAUGCAACUUAAGCAGAGAAGAAUUAAUUAAUUAGCACAUGAAUCUGGGUAUAUCUGUUCUUUACUUCUCUGCUAAUGUGUAUCCAUCAAACAAAUUUUUUUUUCUAUCCUUGACUGCUGUUUGCUAUAGUUUCAAAGUUUCUCUCCCUCUCUCUCUCACAAGUAUAAGUUUUGCCUUCUAUCUAACCUAUGCAUGUCUAUGUUAGCUUUGCGAAAUUCCAUUGCCUUUGGAUUUUCUUGAUGUUACCUGAUUACCUUGUUAAUCACAUUCUGAAGAUUGAAAAAACUCC